GAAGGUACUACAAUAUUACUAUUCAAAAUGUAUGCUUUACUUCAGAUAUUGACAACAAAUGCCCGAUCAUUAUUUACAGUUGUUUUCACUCCUUAUCACGCUGCGGCUAUUCAUCAAUCUUCAAAUAUGAAAACAGCAACUUUUGCAAUGGGAUGUUUUUGGCAUCCUGAUGCUCUUUUUGGAUGCCAAAAAGGAGUUAAACGUACUCGUGUUGGUUAUACAGGCGGGUCAUUACGUAAUCCUACAUACCGAAAUUUAGGUGAUCACACUGAAGCUAUUGAUAUAGAUUAUGAUCCAGUAAUUAUUAGUUAUGAAAAUCUUUUAGAACUCUUUUGGAAAAAUCAUGAUCCUACUGUACCUCAUAAAAGGCAAUAUCGUACUGCUAUUUUCUACAGAGAUGAAGAACAAAAGGCUUUAGCUUCCGAGAGUAAGAAAGAAAAAGAAAAAGUUUUCAGAAAUCAGAUUUUGACAGCAAUUGAACCAUUUAAUAUAUUUUAUAAUGCUGAAGAUUAUCAUCAAAAAUAUUAUCUCCAAACGCAUCAUACCAAACUUUUCAAUAGCCUAGGGAUAAAACCAAAAGAUUUGGUUGAUUCUACAAUAGCAGCUAAAUUAAAUGGUUAUGUUGUUGGAGAAAAUACAUUGGAGGCUUUCCAUUCUGACAGUGAAUUAUCCAGCCUUUCACCAGAAAAUAAAGCUUAUGUUGAGAAAAUGAUAGCUAAAGGAAAGCAAGCUCAUUGCUGAUACUAGAAGCUGUAUCCAUAGUACAAAAACAAAUAUCUAUUAAAAUUAAAAAUAUCUAUUAUGUUGCAGAAUUAUAUUAUGCACAUUGCAAAAAAUUAUAUUUGUUAUAUUUUGAAUGCAUUAUACUUUGGUAAUAAUAAUUUAUCAGAUAAGUUGUUAUUACUUUAAUUGAAAUAAAAUAUUCUGAAAUAUGUUUUUA